UGGCAGAAGCGUGAGCAGGUGGAAGCCGCUCCGUGUCGCUGCUGCUGCCCUUCACUGAAACACAAUCCCGCUGGGGAGGAAGAAACUCUGCUCAGCCAGCAAGCAGUGAAACGCAAACAUUAACUUAAUUCAUCGGCGCCGAUUGUUUAAAGACAGCGUGGGGAGCUUGUUCGCAGAGGGAUUCACACUGCUGCGUUUCUAAAGAGGGAAUUUAAACAAGCAAAAGGAAAAAAACUUCCCGAUACAAGCGGGGUUCUGUGAGACUGAGCUUCAUAACCCGGUGAAUCGAGUUUACGAAGAAGUGCUCUCGUAUUUCACUUGUCUCUCAGCGGCAAGAGGACUUAUUCGAAGCCGGUGAACGGGGAAUGAACUCUUUGGACCGCUAAUCAACUGUGGACUUUGCGCUUUAAAACAUUAUUUCCCACUCAACCAGCCGCCGAUAUAGCCUUCAAUUUAACAGGAGUUGUUCCUGAAGUCCGCGCCAUGGGGUAAGUAAUCCAGAAAGCGCUGCUGCCCUUCAGAGCGCCUCUAAUGACACCUGCACUGAAUGAAAUGGUGUGCGUGUGUGAAAAUGCUGCAAAAUACCUCAACAACCGCCUUUUCCAAUAUAUGACAGCUCUGUUAUUAAGUGUCAGUAAUGAUCCCGUUUUUCCCAGUCCAUGUCCGUGCGGGUUGGAGCCCUGGAUGAUCCCAAUUUACUCUUUUACAGCAUGAACCAGUGGUGUUUAGAUACAUUUACUGUCUUAAUAGGUUUGAUGCCACAUAUCUAAUAUGGGAUUUGUUCUCGAUUUUUGACAACAACUUGAGAUGUUUUGUUCUGUCUUCUAUUUUUUCCUUUUUAUCAGUCAGAGGGAUUAUGGUGUGAGAGGGUCAUGAUAUGGAGGUGUCAGAGUCGACACUGCCCACUAAUGAGAGAUGGUACUUCAGAGAGUGUGCGUAUUUUAGUGCGUCUAAGUGUGUUUAUUAUCCCCAAGGCUGGAGAUAGUGCAGUGCACUCCCACAGUUGUUUACAGGGCACAGUACAUUAUUUUGCCUCCAUAGUGUAUUGUGAUGUGAAUGUUGACUCUGUGGCUCAAUGCCAUAGUUAUGCAAUCACACCACCUCUCUUUGCAUCUACAUGUACUGUAUAGAUCACAGUUUCUUUCUGUUGUACCCACCUAGGUGUGUCUGAAAAGUGUUUGACUUCAAUGCAUCAUAAACAGUUUAGUUUAAUGAAAAUACAUCACUGAACUCUAGUGACCUCGUUACAUGUAAAAUUAAAAAUCAAAGAGUUAAGAGCUAUCAAUAUGAAAGAAGGGAUAGUUAUCAGCUUUAAUGUUCAGUAAUGACGUAAGAAGUGCAUUGUUUUUUUUUACAUCAGUAGACAUGCUUUCCUAAUGAGUAAGAAACCAGUUCAGCAGUCCUGACUCCUCCUCAAGAGUUUGGCUCACUCAUCCAGCAGGUUUAAAAGUGAAGGGAGUCAAUAGUUUUGUCAUGAACCUGGCUCAGACCAGCAGCCGCAAGGCAGCCAGCCCAAGGCUGGAGGUCACACCUACUGACAGAGACAUGGCAACAAGUCUCCUUUUUCCAGUUGCCUGGUUUCAGUGUGUGCCAACCAGUGGAAUCACAUUACAGCUUUCUUUAAGGCCUUAACACACUGGACACAAACUGGUCGGAUUUGUUUAGGGUUGUUCUCAACUUGUCAGAGGCUGUCACAUACUGUAAACACCUUCCUCAAAUGAUUGCAUAAUGAUCUAAAUACAAGGUUGCAAACAACUAAUUUCAAUCAUUUAGUCAACCGUUUGUUUCAGCUCUAACUGAGUCACGAUUUCACAACUUCUUCAACUGGUAAAAUGCCUGAAGACAAACAUGAAUAAUUGUUUUAAGUUGGUAGCGCUUAAGAUUGCCUUUUUAAUAAACAGUCACCAACCACCCACCCCUCAAAUAUUUAUUUAUCACUAGAAUAAAGUAAAACCAGCAAAUAUUUACAUACAAGGAAGCCUAUAUCUUUAAUUAUUUUGCAUUUAGGUAAAAAAAAAAACACCAACAAUUUUCAGUUUUCUAUUAAUGUACUGAUAAAGUUGGGGAUAUGCACUACUUAAAAGCAGUGGAUGGAGCUUGUCUGACUAUUUGUAAAGUCAUGAUUUCUUCAGAUCAGGAUUUGAAAUGUUGCCAUCUUGGAUUUCUAGGAGCCAUGGGUGACAUUCUGAAAGGCAGGUUGUGGUGGUGGCAACUUAUCAAUCACUGGUUGCCCUUCCCUAAAGCUUACUCUGCUGUGUCUGAUUUACUCUGAGUGGGUAAAUCCUGUCAUAUACAAAAUGAGCAUGAAGUUAUAAAGAAAAGACUUCAAACUGCUGAUUGAAGCAUUUUGACUGAGGAUAAAAAACAAAUGAGAAGUAAAGUUAUUUAGUCCUUUCUAUGUUUAUAAGGAUGACAUUUUGAACUAUGUGAAGUCGAUCUCACUCGGGCGUGAAUAGGAGUGCAGGUGGAUGGCAAACAGACUUCAGCUUUGAAACUGAUAUCAAAUGAUAUUGUACAAUGUAUGGAGGCAACCAAAUACUUUUAUUGAGGGAAGUGUUUGAUUUAAUGGCUCUUAUAUUACAUAAAUGUGAUUUUUUUUAUAGAGCAAGAAAAAGAAACACACAUCCUUAAAGGAAAAGCCUAAAUGAGGUCAUAUAAGUUGGUAUUUUUAAUUGAAAAUGGUUCAAAAGUUGUUUGUUCAUUAGUCGCUAUAACUCAUUACUUAAUUUUUUUCAGAGAAAUCCUUUAAGCUCAUAAUUUUUUUUAAGUAUAUCACAAAUACAAACCAAGGUUGUGCCCACAUGCGUGCAUAAUUGUGUUACUCUUCACUGCCUGAUUAUGCUCUGAAAUGACGCAGGAUGUCCUGCCCUAAUUGACAGGUCGAUAAAAUAGAUAAUGUGUGAGUGUGUUCAUAGUGAGGACUAUAGAUUGUUGUGAUAUUUGCAGGUUUCCUUUUGUUCCUCUCCGCUCCUAAGUGCAGUUAUAAAUUAACCUCAAGCCAGGCAACGCCACCUUCUUGUCUUGUCUCCUUUCUACUCUAGAUCGCUGAUCAUGUGAUCUGUCAAUGUUUUCCUGACCUUGUUACAUUUGUUAUUGAUCAUGGAAUUUCCACAUGACGUAUUUUACACAUUAAAACAGGCACGGUAGAAAAUGUUCAUGAUGUAAUUGAAAAUAGCUGAAUUUAAAGAAGUGUUGGAGAAAGUAAAGAAAGGACGUGACUGUAGUGGUAUUUUUAAGUAAAGUUUGUUGCUGAACUGCUAUUUUUCUUUACUUAUUUUCUAAAAAAGUUCAGAAAGCCCCAAAACACCUUUUAAGUAGAGAAUCACUCAUAUGAAUUUGACGCAAUCAGCAUAUUACUUCAGAAAAUAAGCCAUGCUCUGGGCGGUUCUAACACUGGGAUAGAUGAUAAUCUGCUGGCUGGCCAGAGAGUGACCGCUGAAGGCUUAACACUCAUUGAUUAGGCUCACUGACAUGUGACGUGGCAGUGAGUCUCUUGGCUGCCCAGGCAGAAGAGUGACUGUGGCCGUAGGCCUAAUCUGGUCGUGUGCUCUCUGUCUGUGGCUGUAGGCUGGAGGUAAUGGUUGCUGAGGUGUGUAAGGGGAGUAGAAGCAGGUUUUGCUGUUUAAGAAUCAUGGGAAAUGAAAGGGGACAGACUGACAGUGGAUUGGACAUCUCUUCACCAGAUGGUUGAGGCCUAGGAAGCCAUCUGCUGCCAUGCUGUGCCGCUGUGGAGACUUCCUCACUUCUCUUUUCUCUGAACACCCAGAUUACGUUGGACCCUGCAUCAUACUGCCCCAGUGUGAUGGAGGAGGACUUGCUGUGGUGGCUGGUUUGAAUCUGGAUGGCUGCCUUUGUUUUAUUGGAUUGUUUGUUGCCCUCCUAUCAGUUCAGUGAGCUGCACUGGCAUGAGGUACACCCCAGAUUACAGUAUGAUGCCAAAACAUUGGUAAUAAAAAUGAAAGUAACCUUAAAGACUGGCUGUUUUUAAAAGAAUGAAGAAAAGGUGAAGAGUACAGUGUUACACUAAUAUAGUCAACAUUUAGGCUUCACAGGGUAGUUGAGCUUCAGAAGUCACUGGACGCACAUAAAAGUUCAGGGUUAGAAAAGAGAAACAUCUUUGUCAGAUACAUUUCUUUUUGCCUUUUUGUUCUUCCUCGUGAGAACACAGGAUGCAUAUCUUCAGGGCUCUGAAAUUUCUUCAAUUAGAACAGUCUAAAUGAUAAAAGCUCUUCAUAGAUGCUUCAACGUUUAGGAAUCACGAAUUUGAUAAAACUACUUGAGCAUAAAUAACCGGAGGCAAGUUCUGUGAAAAUGAUGUGAAAUUGUAUCUUUUUGUUUCAGACUAACUAUUCAGAAAUCAAAAAGAUGCUCUUUUCAAUGAUGAAUCAUUUGUGUGACUCAUUUGUUAAAUGUGUUUAAUUCUUUUGGUCAGUCAUUAAAAUGAUUCAGCCACUUAACAUUUCAGCACUUCAUAAAAUUAAGUAAAUGCACCAAAUGAUUAAAGCAGUGAAUUAUUUUUUGAAUUCAGAUUUUUUCUUUAAAUAAAGUGUGUUUCUGAUAACAUACACUUAUCAAAUAAGGCUUCCUGUGCUGUGAGAAAUCCUCAUGGUAUCAAACUUGGAGCUACAAUAACUUAUAAUGAAAUCAGAUCCUAGGAAUAAGUUAAAUCUGAGCUGAUAAGUUAAUGUAGUUUCUGCUACCAAGCUUUAUAUGUUAAAUGUUUGUAUCACUCAAGACAGAGCCACCAAUCCAGGUUAUUGCAUAAUACCGCCUAUGGGACAGCCUGCUCUUAUGUGACCUCUCGACAUCAUUAGUAGAGCCUGUUAGAGGGGAUAAAAGCCCAGGUGGAGUUUCAGGUAUGAUCCUGCAGAGCUCUCUGCUCCUGCUACUUAGCUCAUUCACUCAGACAAAGCAGUGCUCUCACUAACGAGGCGGCUCUGCUCGAGCUGCUGAAAUGAGGGAGUCUCCACUCUGAUCAGCUGACAUGCAAACAGGGUUACAGGAGAUAAUGAGAAUUCAAGUGAUUUCACAAACGAACAUCACUUUGGUCUUCAUCACACAUUUGUUUCUCAUUUGCUAUUCUCAGAUUACUGGAGUCACCAGAUCUGUGUACCUUGCGACCUAGAUAGGCAUUUCUUAUUUUCCCUCGCCGACAGAUUUAGGAAAAGAUGUUCUUUUGUGCUGCAGAAAAGCCAAUUGAAACGGAAAGUGUAUUGUUGUCAGCGCCUCCACAGAAAAUGAGGAAGAAUAAGUGUCAGUAUUCCCGCUGCACCGUAGAUAUUUGACAAGUGACUAACACAGCUUUUGUUGCUUAAGUCCGUCGAAAAAGGGAGCACUUAGGUUCAAGGACAGCAAUUUACAGACAUUUAGUUCGUCAUAUGCUCACAAUAAAUUUCUCCCCUAAGCUCUUUAGUGUGUAAAAUUACUCUGCGGUGAUUAAUAUUAAGCUAUGCAUGGUUUCCCACAUACAAAAGAAAAAAAAUGAGGAAAAGGGCCAGAAGAAUCUGUCCUCCAUGAUUGAGAAAUUCUGUACCGAGCAUCAAUCUCACCCAUGACCUCUGCUGAUGCUCAGACAGCUGCUGAAGGUUAGCAUGACGGUAGCUAGCUUCAGGGUGAAUAUGGAGAGAUUAUUUAGUGUAGGAGCCCCUGUCUGAAAAGGAGAUGCUAAAGCACCAUUGUUUAGGUUCUUCCACAUUGUUUGACUGAGGAUGAGUAUACAGUAUUUUAUGGCAGAUAGUUGAUGGCUUCUCUUAACUCAACCCUCCUUAUGUGCUCUUGAGGUUUCUUUACCUGUUUUUGUUGCACCGAAGACAGUAACCGCCCCUCACUUUUUUACAUAUCAAGUCUACCUCACAGUGUAAUUUAGACAUCAGUUUUAAAGUAGUACAUUACAGAGACAUCUCCCCCCGUCACAGAGGUGUGUUAAAGCACAUCUUCAUUGAGAAGGUUGAAGAGCCGUUGAAGUAAGUAGAGAGGAGUUCAAACACCUCAGGGCACCCAAGAAAAACACAUUUUUUGAGUGGACAGGAGCUUCAAGUUAUUGAUAUCAUGGUGAUUGUCCUGUGUCAGUGCCUGUCUUAUUAAAAGAUCCAGGCAUCUCAAAGUUGACACCAGUGCUUAAAGCGGAGGAGUUUUGUUUACUGCCCACAGGCUACAUGAUGCAAGUUAGCAUGCCAAAAAAAAUUCUGAGGAUCUUUUCAUCAGAUUACUUAGAAUAAUACACGUUUUUCAUGAAAAUGUCAGUUUAGAUGUAUAAUUCUGCGUUUAGAUGGAUCAUAGGGCUAAAAUGUAAUUGUCAAUGAUCCAAUCAAGUCCUGCUGUCAGAGAGAUGUCGUCUCACUAAUGAAGAGAUCCUGUUAUAGUCUAACAGGCUCGCUUACUGCACUGCGUCUGUGGGUCUGAGGGUGGUUGUAUACCUGGAUACAGUUGACCAUUUUACUCUCCUAACACACAAAGCCAAGGUGUUGGGUGUUAAUACCAUCUUUUUCCCAUCGGAGGAAAACUGCACACCUCUGACAGGACAGCAAAUUAAGGUAAAGUUUAUCAUUAAUUUAAUGCAUAAAAGGAACCAAAGUAAUCAAACUUAAAUAGAAAGUAUAGGUUUGCUUCCAUUAUUGAGUUUUCAAGCUGCAGCUGAGUAGUUUCUGUUGGAGACAGUAUGUGCCCGCUCCUGAUAUAUGUUAAACAUGCUGCAAAGCCUGUUGGAGUUCUGUUCGACCUCAUCCCAAAUAAUUUACCACAACUUAUCUAAACAACUGACAGGUGUGUGUUUCCUUGGGCAAGAAGUGGGUGACUGUGAUUGAUGGGGAAGUUUGUUAGGGGAAUGAGACUGAGUGAAUUCCAGUGCUCAGGAAUCUGGACAAGGCUGUUUCCCCGCUCACUGAAAAAACACACCUGAAUUCCUGAAUUCCACAGGUGAAGCCAAACUCGAAUGCAAUGUGAUAUCCCCCUGCUUUAAAAUUACCAGUCAGACUCAGCUGUUGUUUCAUAUCAGGACAGAGUCAUGCUGCAUCUUUUUUGAAAUGUCUUUUUUGGAGAAGGAGGAUUAUCCCAUUCUCAGCAAACUUCAGGCUAACAUUUCAAAGGAUUUAAAGAGAGUAAGAGGCAGGCAGGCUCAGCCGUUUACCACCUCAUGUAUUACAGUUACAUGUCCCCAUAGGGAAUGUUGCAAAGUAAUUAUCCAGCAUGUUAAAAUUGUGUAAUGGCUGUUUGUGUAAAUUGUAUACUCUUGCAACAAAAUCCGGAGCUGUACCAACAGUUGGAUGAAGUCCUUUUUAUUUUGAUUAUUCACUGCAGGUUUGCAGCAUCAUGGGUGUAGAUUUGCCUGAAGUGAACAUGUAGGUGUAUGUAGGCAUGGACAGUGCUGGAUUACUAAAACCAUCACAAGCACAGAAACACGCAAUAACCUGUAGAUUAUUAAAAUAAACCAGAUUGGGACAGAGUACCCAAGAGUCAGUCAGGUGAAGAAUUCAGCACCCAUAAAGUCCCAAAUGUUGUCAUCUUCUUUUUUUAUCUGGUGAAUCAAUCAGCCUAAUGCUUUUUAUCUGGGGACAAGCAGAUCACUGGAUUCCACCAACAGUUUGUGUGAGUGCAUCCAUGUGUUCAGCUGUGGCCUUUCGCUUCUCUUCCCCUGCCAGUGCGAGCUGGCUCCAGACACUGCCACUGCAAAGGUCAGCGUGUGUGUGUGUGUGGGGUUGUGUGUUUGUGUGGCUGUGUGUGUAAAGCGACAACAGUGAUCUGUAUAAUGGGUUUUGUUGUUCCCAAAGCAGAUGAAGACUGAGAUUAGGCUUAAAGGGGGCUGUGAAUUUAUUAGGCUUUCAUUUCUGUGAGAACCAUAAUCCCGAUGGAAGUAAAAGCUUUAUUAGCUCAUGAAUUUUUCGCUGCCUGCUGGCUUUUCUGCCUGUCUGUCGCACAUAUUUUUCCUCUCAUAGAAAUCUAUAUGUUCGCAUGACAACUGGCUGUUGCUAGCUGCUGUAAAGCUUUUCAGCAACAAUGGCACAGUCUGUACCCUGCUAUGGAACUCUCCAGUCUUAUGCUAUGAACAGGUUUUGUGUCUGUGUUUCUGCUCGUUUCCACAGUCUUUAGCUGGAGAAAAUGUUGGAACCCAAUAAGAACAAGAUUUGAUUUGAUCUGGACACUUUUUUCUAGAAAUGUUCUUGUGCACAAAAUGCAAAAAUUCAACAUUUAUUGUGUGUUAAUAUUUUUUGCAAUGCGUUUGAAUGUGGCUGUGCCAUGAUCACUCAACACCUUUGUGCCUGAACAUUUGACUGAAACCUCUCCAGAAAUAUGUGGAUGUUUGCCCUUUUACUUCUCCAAUAAAGGAAGAAAUGUCAAGAGCACACAGCCUUUAAUACAUCUCACCUAUAGCAGCAUGAUUACAGCCCAACAGGAGGACCAUGUGCGAUUGAGACGAGUUCAAUAUCGCAUGUUAUCAUGUUAGAUUUUUCAUAUGGAGCCCAGAGCCAAGUUCUGCUAGAAUCGAACGAUUACUAAGUGUUGUGUACAAAUAACUAAAAUCUGCAUGUUAAACAGGUUUACCUUUUGUACCUUCUGUAGUCUCAAAUCAAUUAGCUUAUUUCAAUAAAACCAAUUUGAUUAAAGAAUAACCUAGAGACGAAUGGGAUGAAACUUUCUCUGAUAUCUGAUUUCAAAUCAUCUUGACAGUGCUGACUCAGAAGGAAAAAAUGAGGAAAACUGAUGUAUCAUCAGCUGCACUAAUAUCAUUUUUAACCAAACUGUCUAUUCUGCAUGUCAGAGUAACAGCCUUAACCACCACAUUGAAGCCAGAGGUUACUAAAAGACUAAAAUUGAUUUCAACUUUGAGGUACUGUUAAAAUAUGAAAUAUAUUUCAUGAGAAGGAAAUGUUUUUGUUUGUAAAACCUCAGAUUAUCUUGCAAGAAAACAUUGUAUGCCAGUGUAAUUUAUGUUUGUUUUACAAGAAAAUUGCAGCGGGGCACCACAGCUCAUUGUUGAGAACUUGUAGUCAUUAAUUAUGAAUGCAAACCUUUCUCAAAGAUAUGAUAGCUAUGAUAAUGCAACAUUCAAAAUGUGCCAAGAAAACCCUGAAAAUGUGUAAAUGUAUCAAUAAAAAAAGAGAGAAAACAAUUUAUUAACUUUUUCAUGUAGGCCAAAAGGAGUCUUACAAUAAGUUAUAAGUGCUCUUGAUAGCUUUACCAAGUCUGAAAGCCACUGUAGUUUCCAUCAAGCUACUUUGCAUGUGCCUCCCUGACGAUCUUCAUCUGCAUCCAUUAUUGGGUUCUUGAACCACCCUCUGACCCUUCCCGUGCUGCCACUCCACUUAAUUAUUCCUCACUCGGGUAACUUUGUAGAAGAGCAUCUCGACCACCCUCACUGGCCUUUGAAAUGAGGAUAAUUUAAACCUGCUGGAAUCAUUUUCUGUGGAGCACCAUUAAAGCAAAGUGCAACUAUUUUUUCUCAAUCAGCGCUGUUCUUGCUGUGUUCAGUGCCUGUACCGCUUGAAACUGAGCUUGAGCGCGUGGGGUAGGGGUGCUGUGAUUUUAGCCACAUGCUGCAUCUAAACAAUAUAGACAAAAAAAUCCUUGAUUGGAAAACGUGGCUCUCAAUGUUUGAUCAGGUAAAGGUAGAAAAAUCAAAAAAGCAAAACCUUUUUCCUAAACUGUAUAUAGAUUUAUCUUCUGUGAUGAUUUUAUUGCUUUCACAACAAUAAAAUGACCAGAUCAGAUAUAUAAUCCACACCAAAUGUGUUGAAUUUUAUAUGUAUAUACACACUGUUUUUCACUGUAAACAGCAAAGACUACAAGAGAAUUUUCUAAGCACGUUUCACAAGAGCUCUUAACUCUUGACCUCGAGGUCAAGGCUGUUGUUUUCUUGUGCACAACGACUGAGGGGCGGAGAGAAAGUAAGAGGACACUCAGUGUACAGUGGUUGGUGUGUCAGUGCAUUUGUGUGUCCCACAGACAGAGAGUAUUUUCACUUUUUAAAUUUUUACUUUUUAAAUUUUUACUUUUUAGCUGUUUCUUAACACAUCAGUGGUUUUCUCAAAACAAAAGUUUCAUAACUGCUCAUAUUUAUUAUUCAAUCAAAGACAUUAUUUUCAAAUUGUCCAAAAAGAGUCUGAACAGUUUAGUAAACACUUUUUCAAUUUCAUGGUAUUACCUGUCAUUACUUUAGUAAAUUGUGUCUGCUGACUGGGACUGUCAUGGUUUAGUUUUGUUUUGAAUGCUUCACCUACGUUGUCAUGGUGUCUCAUUCCUUAAAAACACAGUAGAAAGAGCUGAUAUGCUUAGAAAGAAAUGAUCAAAAGCAGUCGAUAAAAAGAAGAAUUGAACAAAUCUCUGUUGAUGUGAGAUGUAGGAUUAGAAAACCAUUUGAGGCCAGUUUGGUUAGCAGGUCUGAGAGUUGAGCAACAAACAGUAGAAUUCAUUUAUUCCAUUUAAUCUGGCCACAAACAACAAUGCUAAAUCAGCCCCCUUAUUAUAGUUAUUAAUUUGGUCAUUCAGAGAGACUGUGGUGAAGGUUAGUGAAGCAGUAAACACCGUUCUUUUUCUGGCAUAUAAUUAUAUUAUGAAUAAUUACUGUUUUAUUUUGGUAGAGUAUGGAUCAUGAUGUCAUUUGUUUGAUAUUUUUAUUUAUUGAAAUGUUUUUUUCGUUCCUUUACCAGAAUAGUCUUCCCUGACAGAAAUCUGGUUCCUCAGAAGUACAAAAGCCAGCAGGAGUUCUCUUAAAUGUCUGUGAAACCACAUGCAGAAAAUUGUCUUGAAUGUAUCUGGCGCACAAGGGAAAUUUCCCAUCAGACCAAAGACAUAGGUGCAAAAACAAGUGCACAGUCACUCACAAACAGCAGUCUAUGUUACCGUCACAAAUGAGAGGGGAGCGAGUGUUGAUGUGCUAAUGGCUUUGGGUUGCUAUAAGGAUUGAGGGUGUGUGUUACAUUAUCACCUGCCCAUCUGUGCUGCGACUCCCAUAUCUCUGCAUCUCUGGAGGGAGCGUGUAGUGUCUCUGCAGAUCUGAUGUGAUAAAGAAAUACCAAAGACUCACUCUAGCUCGGUUAAAUGUUGUCAUUUAUCUUUUAAAAAAAAGUAAAUAUUGUCUUGAUCUUUGUCUUUGCAUGUUGUGUUCUCCGUCUCACGUUGUCUCCUCUGUCCUCUGCUCUCCAGGGAGCAGCCGAUCUACACCACCCGAGCCCAUGUCUUCCAAAUCGACCCAUCUACCAAGAAGAACUGGGUCCCUGCCAGCAAGCAGGCCGUCACUGUCUCGUAUUUUUAUGACAGCACACGCAACAGCUACCGCAUCAUCAGUGUGGAUGGAUCUAAGGUAUGUGUGCGCAAAUACACUGUGUGUGUGUGUGGGUGUGUGUGUCUGUGUGUGUAACCAUAUCAGUAUGAGAUAAUGAGAAACAUUUAACUGCUCUCUGGAGAGACGGCUGGCUUUGAGGAAGAGCACUCAAAGCCACUAUUGAGCAAAAGGAAUUAUGAAGAGUGCAAAUGUGACAUGCAGCUUCCACCUGAUACGGAAGGAUAAUGAAUUUUUUUCCUACAUCAGAAAUGUAUACCGUCUUCCCCCAUCAACUAAACCUCAUUAAAACACUGGAGAAAAAUGUAGAUUGAAAUAGUGCAUAUAUGGAAAUGUGUACAUUGCUUAUGCAUAGAACAACUCUUGUCCAAAGUAAUGAUCAGUGUCCAGUCAUCUCCAGCUUUAUAAGGGGCCAAACUCAUAACUCUGUAUGUAAAAAAACACAUUUUGUUUGUAUUUUAAAAACUCUGAGAGUGUAGCCAUUUCUCCUGUUUAAUACUUAAUUUCUAUUUCAAUUGAUUGAAUUUUUUUUUUUGUGAAUACCAGAAACAAGGUUUUCUUAAUAAACAAAUCAUAUUAUUUAUCAAUACCCCAAAUCAGAGUCAGAAUUCUGGUUUAUUAACUCAUUGAUUUUGGGGCUAAUCUAAGUAAGUAAGUAAGUAAAGUUUAUUUAUAGAGUGUUUUUAAAAAUCACAAAGCGCUGUCAGAAAAUAAAUGCAAUUUGAAGAACAAAAAUGGUACAAAUAUACACAUACACAAAUAUGAAUACAGUACAGGUGGGUACAGGAAUAAGUGCAGAUACAAACGAUAAGUAAACGAGACAAACAAAACCCUGUUCAUUAAAAGCUUGUCUAAAUAAAAGAGCCUUCAACUGCUUUUAAAAGCAUCCACUGAGUCAAUCAAACAGAGGGAGAGGAGCAGAUCAUUCCAGAGUCUGGGGGCUAUGGUCUUAAAAACCCCGGUCUCCCCGAGUUUUAAAUUGGGUUUUCGGCACCAUUGGUGGGUUCUGGCCUGAUGACCGAAGGGUGCGCCCUGACCAUGCAGCGCCCGGAUAGUCAGAACAAAAAUUUUCAAAUUAAUAUGAAAAUUGACUGGUAGCCAAUGAAGACGGGAUAAGACAGGGGUGAUGUGAGCAAAUUUGGGCGUGUCUGUCAGAAGUCUGGUGGCUGAGUUUGAAGUCUCUGUUUGUUUAUUUAUUUGAUCAAACCCAUAAAUUCUGGCUGAGUGUCAAUGGUAAUACUCAGCCUGUAUAUUUGUAAGAUGUGGGGAAUUCAAACUGCAGAAUGCAAUUUUUUAUCAUGAGUAUAUGCUUUGUGCAUCACAUCUAAUAAGAGUAGAGAUAUGCUCAUGUAAAAUAUUAAAUGUCAGGACUAAUUCCUAUAAUAACUUGUGGUCUCAAUGGCCAUCCCCUUUAAGUGCCACUGACCUGAAUCAGCCUCCAUUAGGAGAAAAGUAUACAAGUAUGUGUAAAGGUUAGGAUCGUAACAUGUAGACUUGAACUUGCCCUGCAACAAAAGAAAAGUAGAGGCCAAGAGCUGCAUGCUUGUUGUGUUGCAAUUAAACUUAAUUAUCUGUAAUUUUCUGUAAUCAGAAAGGGGCCAACACUUGUCAUCCUUCAAGGACCAAAGGGCUUUUAAAUAAUUGUCACUCUGGAUCAGCUUUUCUUUUUCAAACUGUCAAAUCCCUCAGCAGUGAUUUCUUUUGACAAGAUUUGAUGCUUUUCUUUUAGAUUCUGUUACACGCAUGUGUUUGGAGGAGAAAGAAUCUGUUGGUAGAGCUGAAUGUGAACCUUUUUUCAGAAGCUUUUCGCUCUCAUGAAUUAUUUUGAAGAUUUUGAUUCGUCAUCAUGGGAGCACACUGAAAUUUGAUCACGCAUGUGACAACAGACACCAUAUGAGCGAGCUCGUGUCUCAUAUUCACACCACCUUCCUCCGCUCACUCAAAGAGUAGAUUGUGUGUUUCCAUGGCGAUCAGAGUCUUCUGUCUGUGUUAACACAAGAGGAGGGUUAUGGCAGCAGUAUCCCUCUGCUGACACAGUCAGGCGAUCACCUUUUGCACAAUCUCAAAUUGUACAGAUUACCCGCAGAGCCACUUCAGACACUGAGCAGGGUGGGUGACAGUUGUUUGGGUCUUUUUUUGUCCUUGGGGGUCGCUCCGUCUAACGUGCUGCACUGUUUGGGUAAAGUGCUGCUGUGUUCAUUGUUAGGGUACCAACCCAACAGCUAAGCGGUGGCUCUUACAGGAACUCAACACUGAUAAACCUCAAUGUGGACUAUCUGCCUGGCAAGCUUCUUUUUAGUUAUUUAUUUAUUUAUUUCUGUAGCUCAGUGGAGGCUCGUUUUUUUUUUUUUAAGACGGUGGAUGAAUGCAGAAGGCAUUUCAAGAUUUUAGCUGUGUGUGGAUGUGAUUUAUUUAUAUUUUUGCCAGACGGGCAAAAGGCAGAAAAACAUGAGAGGACUUUUAGAUGAGAAAAAUAUUUUCCUCUUCAUUUGAGCCAUUUCAGGAAAAAAAAAACAAGUCUUUAACAUAAUUUAAAGUGCACUUUUUCCUUAUUCCUGCAAGGCUUUGUUGAGUCAAGCUCUGUUAGUAUCAAAAUAGCUCUCUUCCCACAUCUAGAAACCGAAGAGGCAAGACUCUUAAUUUGUUAUGUCAUCAAGCAGCACUUAUGGAGCCACAGAUUCCUAAUCUAAUACUGCUUGCGUGUUUGUUUUAUAAAUAAAACAAAAGUUACCUUCGUCCAAAAGAGAUUGAAAACGGACAUUUUCUCUGGCUGGGUGCUUCUAUAUUUUUGUCUGCCCUCUGUGUCCCUGGGGCAUGGAGUCCUCUCUCUGCUUCUUCACUCCUGUCAUCCUCCCUGUCCUCCUGCCUCUCCUCUCUCCCCUAACCUUGAGUAACAAAACAGUGUGUGUCAUAAAGUGUCUGCAGGCAGCAGCUCUAUGUGAGUUUUGAGGAUUAACAUUUAAGAAAUGAACGGUUACCUCGGUUUGAAUAGUGAUGUCUCCUGACGAUUUUUUUCCACUUAAUUUAAGUCAAAGAGAUGUCGGUAUGAGCAAAGUAACCGUUAGCAAGAAAAUGUGAAGUCAUUUCAGAUAAAUGUUAAAUAUAGUCUCUAGUUUGUGCACUUGCUGCAAGGACGACAGGUCUGUCUAGAACAAUGGUCUGUGCUGCUCGACACACUAACUGUGACAGACCGUCAGCUUCUAUUCAUCCAUCCGUGAUGGCUGUGCAACUCAAUGGUGAUGAUAUGCCAAGUAGAGGAGCACUUCAGCACUUUUGUGUCCCGUACAGAGCUUUCUCAACAAUCUAUGAAUAAUUCUAAGGGUGUUAGUUUCCAGAUGAGGAGGAAAUCUUUUCAUUUGAAUCUUUUUCUUUCUUUUUAGGCCUCAUUUUGUUCUCCUAUAAACCUAGAAUUUCUUUAAUUUUCACAGACAGAGCCCAAAUUAACAUGGUUUCAGAUCUCUUGCUGUUAUCUUAUUUAUUUAUUUUUUUUAAUUUUAUUUAUUUAUUUUUUUUGUGUAGUGUGUUGUUAAGCGCUUUGGGUAUCUUGAAAGGCGCUAUACAAAUGUAAGAUAUUAUUAUUAUUAUUAUUUAUUAUUACAUGUCUUCUGCUCACAAGGACCAGAUAUCUUUAAAAAUGAGUGUCUGUCAAAACCUGAUGCCCUAUGUUAUCACCGCCCCGCUUCUUAUAUAUCUGAGGGUGCAGCCUUGUUAAACGAUGUAGUUAUCUACCUUUUCAUCAAGUUCAUUAGUUCAUAAAAGUGUUAUUUCCUUUGAGGAGGAUGAGACUAUGCCAGUGCUUCACUGCAGAGAUGAGUACCUCCUCUCCAACCUGUUCGAUAUUAGAUGAAUCAUCAAAACAAAGCCUGAUUUAUCAUGGCUUUGCUGUGCAUGUAUGUAUAGCUGUGACGCUGAGUAGCAGUCACACUAAGUAGCUGUAAAUGCCCACCAUUAGACCGCCUUGUAUUGUAAACAGUUUUUAAUAUCACUGUGACGAAUAGACCAGGAUAACAAAUAAUGAAAGAAUCAUAAAUGUCAUCCAAAGUACAAUAUGUAUUUAUUAAUCUCUUGUUUACAGCCUGCUGUGCAUUAGUCAACAGUUUAGACAUUAGGCAGAGUAAUACCUGCCUGAGGAGCAUCAUUUUCUGUACGCUGUAGUGCAGUGUUGAUGUCUGAAACGGCCUCUUCGUCGUUGUGUUUCAAUCUUGAAUUAAACAUCAUGUCCUAACGAUGUUUCAUGGAGCCCUGUUCCUCACAGACUGAUGAAUUGAUUAAACUUUUUCAUUACGUUGAUAUUCACAUUACUAAUGCAUGUUUGCAAAUAUCUAGCCUGUACAAGCAUAAACCAUGAUUACCGACUGCCACUGCUGUAACUGUGGGAAAUAUGGGACCCAUUUCAGUGUUAGUACUGAGUUGACAAAGCUUUAUGAAAAACAGGGAACUUUCUCAGCUGUAAAUUUCUACAUAGUGACUCAUCCUCGACUGCAAACUAAGCUCACCCUCGCCUGUUUUUAAAAAUUUAACCCGCAUCAUCGCCACCAGUGAAUGAUUUUGCACCUCUUUGUAUACGGUGAGCUUAAUAACAUCAGGUCAUUAAAGCAGUUGGCAGAUGUACAGUUUUUUUUUGGUAUCUCUUCAACCACAUCACACCUCUGCCUGAUGAGCAAUCAGCUUUCCUUUUUUUUGAUGAGGGAACGCAGUGACUAUAUCUUCUCUCUUUGGCAAUCUUUCACUCACUGCUGUCACUUUCACCUGCUCAUUAUCGUAGCCAUCCUCGCUGCCAAUUCAUCACUUUCCUCUUUUAAUAGACAGAACAUCCUUCAAAAGCAGGCUUUGUGCUUUUCACGUCGCUAGAACUGAGUGAAAUCUGCAGUUUUUUUGACCACUGUAAAACAGUGAGGGGAGUUCAUGUCAGAAAAGCUGUAAAUAGAAAAUGUAGACACAUCGGUGUCCAGGGUGUCUCAUUUUAACAUUUGCAGAGGGUUGGUGUCUUAGUUUGCUUUAAAAGAACUGACCUCAAGUGAAAAUGUGAGAACAGAAGAAGUCAUAAUCAUAAUGAAUUGAUUUUACUUUCUGCACAUCCCACCAAAAUUUCAGCUUCCAGGAUUCACUCGGCCAAUUAAAUCCUGGCACAGUUCGAUUCAACCAUUGACAAAUUACACAGAAGGAAAGAGAGAGAGAGAGAGAGGAAUUAUCAACAACUUUAUAAAACCAUAAGGUGACUGUGUUCCCUCAGUGUCCUUGCCUGUUUCAACAGAACAAAUGAAUCCUAUUGUUGUAGCCUUAACUCACAAACCUUCUGUGAAAUACUUCAACUUUUCUAAUCAUAGAUUUCACAAGCGAAAUUGACUUCGCUGUGAUCCACUUUGGCCUCUUUUUGAGACAGCAGGGUCUGAAAAAAAAGGUUUUGAAGGCUGAGCAGUUUCCUUGACCAUGGGAAUCUUUCACUGUAAUCAAAAACCAACCAGUUUGUCUACUUCCUGCCUCAGUGUCUGGUUUCGUUAAAUGUUAUAAUUGACUUAUAGAUGUGUAAUUACAACGCUCCUGCAGGGCUCACUGAGGUGUCUGUAGGAUCACAAACUUAAACAGACAGAGUGAAUUCAUUUGGACAGCUCUGAUAUAAAACUAAUUUUGAUCCCAGAGCCAAGCUAGUCUGAUAUUUUCUCACUUUUUUUGUGAUGUCUACAACCUACACUGAAGAUUGGCAGUGGCACCACAUCAUCUGGUAUUGGCUCUCCAUCCGCUGGUCUGGGUUUUGAAAUUCUAAAAUCUUGACAAAUUCUUGCUCUGCAGAAUUGAAUAGUAGCUGGAUAUUUUUGGAGACAUGUCCCCACUGUCCCAAUUCUGAGCCCUCGGUAUCUGGUGUCCUUUUUUUCCAGCCAUGACAGAGAUUUCUGGCACUCGGAGCGUUGACGAGUGAUCACAUCUCUCUCCCCUCACACUCCUCUGUAAUGCUCUACAUCUCUUAUCUUACUCACUGACUCUGCAGAUUCUGUUUGCUCUGUGGACAUAUAAUCAGCCAAGGAGGAUAUUGUUUCUAACCUCCCGGCCAUUUCAGAGUUUCAAGUUGACCCUCAAGCCGUUGGUCAGCGGGCUUCCCGGUGCGCCGCCUGCGCCACUUGAUCCUCAGGCCCGGCACAGCUGCCAGCAUCACUCUGCUCUCCCUCCCUCUGUCACAGUCCCCACCGAUUCUCACCCGCUCGCCCACUGAGACGCACACUCCUACAGUACAUGCCAGCUUACAGUCAGAUCUAGAGCCCACGAAGACGAGGACAAUCAGAAAAUCUGAUUUGGUGGGAUUUAAAUGUUAUAGUGCUUAUUGUUUCCUUAUAGAUAAUUUAAUAUUGAUAUGGUGAAAAUAAUGAGAUAACACCAUUGAUGUAUUUACUAGCUGUUUAGACAAUUUGGCAGGAUAUCAAGCAGUUUUGCGCUGUGUUCAGUGACUUGAUUUUCUGACUGAAUUUAAACUGAUUCAGUUAAUGAUCAUGAAAACAAAAAAAGGACUGAAAUGACUUAAAAAACAAGGAGCUGACACAGAGAUUCGUAUUUUUAUGUGUGGUAUUUUUUGCAUAUUCCAGGGUUAUAUGUGUUUUAUUGAUCGCUAAACUAAAUGACUGUUUAUUUCAGCUCUAAAGAAACCUAAACUCUUCAUGUGUUUGUUUUUUUGACGCUUUGGUUAAUAAGAUUUUGUCGCUGUCUCCCAACAGUCACUCAUCAAUAACAGAGUUUUCUUUGUCGUAAUUUCAGAGUCAGCUUUGGUUGUUCAAGGAGAAAAAAAAAACCUGCUGUGGGCUGUAGUGUAAGGUUUUAUUAUCCUGUUGCACACACUGACAGAAGUGAUACAUUCAGUUCCUUUCUAAAACCGCCUCUUAAUAACUGAACCUGUCCUGUUUUACCAUUUUGACUCCAAGAUUGUAUUUUGAGUCAUUUCUGCAGGCUCUGUUUUGUGUAAUACCCACAAGAGUUGGCAAAACUAGACAUUUGCUGUCAUAAAAUCCAGCACCUCCAGCAUAUCAACUAACAAAAUGAAGUUUACCCUCCUCAGUUCAGUCUGCAGUCACUUUAAAAGAGGUACGAUUUCAGGCAUAAAGUCUGAACAUAAAACAGAGAGCUCUCUGACAGGGUUUGGAGUUAAACUGGUUUAUUAACGACAUGCAGCUCAACAUGAAAAUGACAGCAGAGAAUAUAUAUUUCACUCCAGGACGUUACAUCCUACGGUUUAGAGAAGUCUUUACCUUUCUUUCUUUGCACAACAGCCCAGUAUUCUCAAGUUUUAGUUAAUCUGAACAACACUACACUAUGAGAAAGCUCUGAUAUUGGCCCAACUAAGUCCACUUUUGAAUGUUCAUCAGUUUUUUCAGCCUUAGAAUCACAGUGGUAGUAUUUGUUAUGAUGAAGCCUCACAGAAUUGAAGCCAAAUUAGUGACACUUCAGUAUUUUGCCACUCAUCUUGUAUAUGCUUUAAUGCAAGUGUAGCCUUAAUCAAAGGUCCUGACUGUAAUCUCUUUUAGUAUGACUCAUCUAAAGGUCUUCUUUGUCUUAGCGCAGUAAUCACUCUCCUCCAUUAGCCAUUAGCAUCGCUCUGAACGGGACACAAAUGUCUAAAAGAGGUAUUGAUUUCAAGCAAAUGUGCUCAUUCUGUCUGCUCAGACUUGGCUUUUUGGGUCCCUUUGCCCAGUAAUGAUGCAGUUCAGAGUGUUUUAACACCUCAGUCUCUGACGAGAUGGAGAGAGACAGUGGGGGUGUAGAAAAGGACACGAGUCUGUCAGCAGUUUGAGCUCUUGAAUCUCGUGUUUAGGGCCAUGUUGCUAUGAAACGCUGGCGCACUGUGAUUAGACUGUCUCCUAUUGUUUCCUAAUUGUACGGGUAAUUUGUCAGUGCAGUUUCCAAGUUCUCUUAUAUCUUGGUGGUGGAGAAUGUGUUUCUUUAAAUGCACAGUUCAGUAUCUAAGAUGUUUGCUGAUUGAUUCGUGAAGCCGGCUGAUUUCAUGAGACACAUCUGAAGUGAGUAAACACAGAUCAGUGCAGUCAGGCUGAAAUGUGUUUUUAGCGGUCACUGCCUUCUGCGCUGGUUAUUUUAGACUGCAGCAGAUGUUUUCUGGCAGCUGAUUUACUGCAGUGCUGCAACAGGUGAAAGUGUACUGUAACAGAGAGACAGACUGUAAUUUGACUACUUAGAGGUUAGUAGGUUAGCACUCAUCAUUGCAAGUUGUGUCCUCAUCUGUGAGUCAGUAUUUACUUAUUUUUUUCACUUUGAACUCAUAUUUUUAAUCAGGAUUGUGGAACAAGAGGCAGUUGCAAAAAAAAAUAAAAAAUUGACAACCUCACCAAACUUUAAUCCACCCCAUGGGGUCUCCAAUGGACCACUUAAACAUCCUAAAGUAGGUGUUGGGUUAAAAAUAGUGUCAGGGGUUUAUAACCUCUGAAAAACUCAAAUAAGAGUUGAGAUACUUUACCCCAAACUCUUCCAAAAAAGGAGCGACCUGCACAAUGUUUGGAAAUGUCUUACAUGUUAGCAAACACACUAAUCCAGACUGGGAAACAGAAAGUAAUGACUGUUCAAAGAUUGCUUUGUGUUGCAGAAAGCCUCUCAAAUAUUUAUUUGAUUCAGGCCUUUCAAAAGAAAAGUAUUAAACUGAUUAUAAUCAAACUUUUCAGCAUUGGAAGGGUGAAAUACAUUAGCAGGAUAUCACAGGUUUACUCUGGACUGCAUAGAGCGACAAUAGACGAUUGUUCUUUUUGCUAAAUCAAUCAGAUUAUUCAUUUGGGGAAUGCAGCUGCUAAAAGCUCCUUUUCUGAUACAUCUGGGCUGAAAUGCUGACAAAACUUUUAAAACCAACAAUAGGUGUCUUACCAAUAAAAGUGAGCCAGUCUGCUGAACCUCUGAAACAUGAAGGGAACCGAAGCACCUCUGUAGAUUCUCAGUAUGAUUCUUUGCAGGCUGUAGAAAUAACCACAAGGCAUCUCGUCUGAACAGGUGAUCAUCAACAGCACCAUCACACCCAACAUGACGUUCACCAAGACGUCUCAGAAGUUCGGUCAGUGGGCCGACAGCAGGGCCAACACUGUGUUCGGACUGGGCUUCUCCUCAGAGCAGCAGCUGGCCAAGGUAAGAGGAGGCGAAAAUCACAUGGAAGUCCAAGAGCAUUCUUACACCAGAGAAAAGGCCAGACGGAUUGCUGUGGUUUUGUUUGAAGCUUACAGUGACAUUGAAAAGUUGAGAGUGAGAAAUCAGGAAUUAGAUUGUCCCUUCAACCUUGAACGAUAAUAAUCUUCUUCCACUUUAUUUCAGACUUAAAUCAUCAGUAUUUUAGUUUCUUAACAUCCAAGGAACAAAAAUAAAACUGAAUAUAUGAGUAAAUGCAGCAUGUUUGACUUUUCAGUAAAUUUCUCAUAUUUCCACGUUUUCAUUUCCAGUUUGCUGAGAAGUUCCAGGAAGUGAAAGAAUCAGCCAAGCUGGCGAGGGACAAAUCUCAAGAGAAGGUGGAGACGUUGAGCAAUCACUCACAGGUAAAUGAUAUCUCUCUACUGCCUGGACUCUGGAUCAGUUUACUCCUUUUCUAUACCUUUACAUUUGUACGUAACAUUUACUGCCUGCCCUUCAAUGAGCAGCCACACAAGAACUUCCAACAUUUCAGUGUUACUCACUUUUCUUUACAAACAGAAAAGGGCCAAAUAUUCAAGGUUUUGUUACAAUAUUUUCAAACGUUGAUGUGAAUCAAAUCUAAUAAAGUUUUGAUUGUUUUCCUCAUGACAAGGGAACAAAAUCAUAAAGGCAUUUAUGUUAAUCACAAAAUAUGAGAGGCUUUCAGUACCAGGCUGGCACACAUGAAACUGAGAGGAUAAAGAAGUCUUGGUGAGUAAUGAACAAUAAAAGUCUCUGAGCUCCACUCUUAAUAAUCUCAAGGUAGUUAUUCUGUCAGGAAGUAAACAACGUUGUUUGGAGGUAAAUCCAGCAGUCAGCGGCUGCCAGCGCUGCUCUCUGCUUCUCUGACUCCAGAUGGCAGGAAUCAGACUCACUGUGAGCCACACAGAGCUGCUCGGGCAUAUGACAUGAUAAAUACUGGCAACAGUUUUCCCUCACCCCUCCGCUGUCAUGGCUGACGUGUCCAGGGUGUUUACAGUGCUGCACUGAAAGAAGCUCCAGGCCUUUUCUUCAGUGAGAGGAGACUUUUUAAAAAAAAGCUGCAGGUUAUCUUUAACUGAAUAAAAAAAUGGCCCCCAACCAUAACAAGUCUCUCUCUGUCCCCUAACAGGAGUCUGGACGUGAGACGCCUUCAACCACCCAGGCAUCCAGCAUUAAUGGGACAGAUGAUGAGAAAAUCUCUCACGUCGGUCCGGAGGCUGCUGUGCUGAAGACCGAGAACGAGCGCCUCAAGAGUGCAGUCGAGCUGAGGUGAGAUUUCAGGUUGUGGACAACCUUCAGAUGGUGACAUGAAUCUGAAAUCAAGGUCCUGACACAAAUUACUCCGCAGCUCGUAUGAUGAGUCUAUUCUUUGUGCAUAAACAGUAAAUAUGAUGGUAAUCUGUUAAUUAGGAUGGAAAUAAAAAGAGAUGGCACUGAUUAAUGGAUCAUCCCAUAAUGCUGCACUCUUUAUUAUAAACACUUGGUGUCUGCAUGAUGCUUGAUUCACAGAAUAGAUUCUUUAACAGCCUUUUUAUCCUGCUGCCAUCAAAACAAAUCAAGUGUUUAAUAUCAAAGCUGAAGUGUUCACAUGUAUCAUGACAACACAACAAUACCAGUGAGAGUUGUUAGUUUUACUGAUUCAUCACGAGCGUGGCACCCCUGAUUGGCACAUAUCUCACACGAUAGCGAAACCUCUCCUCAAAACACAUCAUAUUAUUUAACACCGCAGCUCCUAACAGCUUUUACAUAAUUCCUUUUCUCUAAUUGUCUCUGCACCAAAUGGCUCCACUGAUCUCCCUCUUCACUUUAUUGCUGCUGGGAUGAUACCAUGUUCCCAAAGGGCUCAGGCAUCAUCUGAUAUAAUCUAAUACAGGGAUGCUGCUUUCCUCCACUUUAGGUUAUAUCUGCUCUUUAUAAUCCAGAUGCUGAGUGUAUAGAUGGGUAAUCACAGGAAGCACCAGAUGUGAGUCCAGAUGUGAUUAAAAGGUCCCCAAAGCAAGAGAGUUAAAAAAAAGAGAAAAGAAAACAGUGGGCUAAUUCAAGCAGAUUUAGAUGAGCUUGUUUAUGUGGUACAGACAGGAUAAAAGACCAUGUGGUUAAAAAAUAAAAAUGAACAGUCGCCAGAUCUGUCAAUACCCUGACAAGAGUAAAGAAUUUAUACACACAGGAAAUGAAUUAUUGAAUGUCUGCAUCAGAAGCAAUGUGUGGUAAAUUCACUGAAAUUUAAUUGGUACACAGUAACUAUGAAGGUUACUGCACAGGUUCAGGACCUCACAGAUUCAAUCUGCUCUUGAAUAACAUCCUGUUACCCAAAGACACAGACUGCAGUUUCCACUAAUGAUUCAACCAGAUGAUUAAGUGUCCACUAGGGCUGUGUGAUAUGGAAAAAAGUUUAUCACAAUAUAUUUUUUUCAUAUCAGUCAAUAUCGAUAUAUAUCACGAUAUAAAAAAUUGAAAUUUUACAGUGACUAUUGGUAGCAUGUCUUUUGCAAUACAAUAAGCUGCUGCAUCUGUGAGGUCUUUGUGUCUCUUUGGCGUUUUGUUGUGAGGCGUUGUGCUAGAGAAAGCAGAAUAGUCGGCUGUUUCGGCUGCACAGGCGCCAUGGGCUCCUUGCUCCACUCGGGGUUUGGAACCUUUUGCAGGUGCUAUGGUUGUGUGUAGGUGCAGUCUGCUACUACGCAGUUGUUUGCUACUUGGUUCUAAUUCAGCACAUGCUUGUUUCAAUGCAAAGCGGACCUGGAGUAUAGUCUAUAGUCGUAUAGUCUACCAAAACAGGGCAGAAUACAGACUAUUGAAAAGCAUAUUGACCAUGUUUUAUAUUGAUAUUGAGGGAAAUUGAUUUUCAAUAUUCAUCCUUAUAAUUUUAUCGCCCAGCCCUUGUAUCCACGUGGUCUGAUGAUGUUUGACAAACUUAUUUGUGUUUUUUUAUUGAAUCACCUGAUAAAUGCUUCAGUUUAAUCCAAAAACCUGUUUAAAUUCAGUAAGUUUGAAUUAUUUUACCUCUCUUAUGUGGACACUUAUAAAACAAAAUAUGUAUUGAUAGAUCUUUACUAAGAAUAGAUUGAUUAAUCAGUCAGACAGUUUGAUGAUGCCAAUUAAAGGCAUUUUGAAAUAAUCAGCGUGUGCCGAUGUCUGCGCUCUCAAGGCCAAUUAAAAAACAAUGAAGGCGCUGCAGGAAGUAUCAUCAGCAUGGUUGUUGAGAAACGAUAACAUGUUUUCCUCAUCCUGAAUCUCAAAAAGUUACCGGCUUGUGUUGAGCAUAAAUUCUGUUUUGAUACAGAUAAGGAUGUAAAUUAACAAUGUGAAAUCAAAUCAAAGCCGGGUGUUUUUGACCAGAGAAGUGUUGUCCCUCGUGUUUUAAAAAGGGAGCUGUUUCUUUCAACUGAGUGGAUGAAGCUAAUGUGUUGUUUAUGGUGGUAAAGCUCAGUCUGGUCCACCAGUGUUCUCAGUCUCCGUCAGCCCUAUCUCGUGCCUUCACACAGCUUUGGGAUUUGGUCGGGGGGGGAAGUGUGUCACAGCAGAGAAACAGCCGAGGACUGCAGAAUGUUGCGGUGCAAGUCUGUCCACAUUUGAUGGAGCGCAGCAUACUUUCACCCAGCCAUGCAUAAGGAAGGGAACAGUGAUGCAUACUAAAUAUACAUCACAACCCCUCCAGCCUUAUUGAUAAGACAGAGGCACACACUUGCAGUUGUAUAAAAGUUUUAAAAGACCAGCAUUGAGUCCUAUCAGGGUCUCAGCUUAUCUUUCAGAUACUUUCCCACUAUUAUUUUAAUUCAAUGGACUAAAUAUCUCCUACCAGACCGAUCUAUAUAACAACUUCAAUACUUAUGACAGUAAGGAUUUCCUCAAGCAUUAUAUGUCCUGUCAGUGUGCUCAUGCCCGAGACAUUUCAGCUGCAACCAGUGUAAAAUUUUCCCUCCAUUAAUAUCAGCCCUCUGUUUUUCUGUCUUUCGCGUCUGACAGCAACACCAACGCCAAGAAAUGGGAGACAGAGCUGCAGACUUUAAGAGAAAAUAACGCCAGGCUGGUGGAUGCACUGCAGGAGUCCUCUGCUAAUGUAGAGAGCUGGAAGAAACAACUUAGUGCCUGCAAGGAGGAGAGUGACACACUCAGGGAAAAGGUAAUACAGCCAUGCACUCCUACAGGGAAGCUGAAUAAUGUACACACUACCAUACAUCCUGCUGGCAGGGAAGGUGACAGCAGAGCCCUACAUAAUGAACUUUCUGUUCUGGUUUAGUUUGUUUUACCUUGACUUCCAUAAGUGGGAUAAAGCCCUCAUCAAAUUUAGUUAUGCAAGUUUCUCCUCCGAGUGUGCUGUACACUUUAUUAGUUUGUGUGUUCCCUGCACCGAAGCCGGAGCUCCACUCAGUCCACUAUAAAUAGAAUCAUUUUAGUUUCAUAAUCAAUGUGGGCUGUAACUGCAGCUGGCCUGCUGUUGCAAUGAUAUAUUUCAUUUUGUAACAUGCGCCAGAUUUUUCAUCUAAUUGUUAGUGUGGGCUGUCAAGAUACCUGCAGCGUGUUUAAGAUCCCACCAGUACAAAUAAACAGAUGAACAUUAGGGAAACAAUAUUGGAAAUAUGUUGAAAAAUCUGGCAUCCAUAUUGACAUUUUCAUAAAAACCACUUCCUCCUCCCUUUUUCCUUCUGUGUGUAGAUUGCAGAACUGGAGGCUCAGUGCGCUGAAGCCGAUCUGGAGAAGCAGAAAAACGCCCAGCUGACUGUACGAGUGCAGGAGCUGGAGGCUGAGCUGAACGACAAAGAGCAGGUAAUAUGUCUCAGUGCAUUCGCUCAGGAACAACAGGGCUGGUUUCUUACCUUCAGUAUGCACUCAGUGUCCUCCAUCCUACCUCAUUGAAGAAAUCACACCCUCCAGACGAUCCGUCUGUUACCUCCUGAAGUUGAAGGCUAAUUUCACUCCUUUAUUUGAACAUAUCAGAGCAGCUCUUCACCUCUUGUUCUUACUCCACUCCUCUCUCAGGAGGUGAUUAUACCUCAGCAGGCAAUGACAGGUCUUUUAUGUGAGAUCAUGGGUUUUGUAUGAAUUGGUCUUGUUAUUUUUGCCACUCGACUUCUUGCCCAGUAUAUUUUUCUCUCUAAAUGACUCCUUAUUUUCCAUGCGGCCCAAUUUUCUGUAAUCAACCUUAUUUUGAGUGUUUAGGUGCAUCUCGCUCGGUUGGAAACAGUCCACCGCAGGAAUAUUAAUUCAUCCUCUGACUUUGUCAAGCAGCAGGGAAUUCUGACUCAAAUACCAUUAGCAGCAUUUCCCUUUGUCGGCUGCAUCUAUCAUCCGUAAUCAAAACUUGCUGACUGUCAGCUCAGCGCAGCCUAAUGCUGCUGUUAUAUCUAAUGAGGAGAAGCCCUGCGCAGCCACACCAGCUCUGACCUUUGUUCCCCGCUGUUUAAAAGCUGUUUUUGUCCGCAGAGGAAUGAUCAGGACUGACUCCAGCGAUAGUCUCUCUGCCUGUUUUCCACAAUCAUGUGACCAUGUGUCCCACUUAGUGUGAUGAAUGCACAGUACCUUUCAAGUUUACAGUGGAAUCAAAAUGUCAAUUACUUCUGGAUUACGUUCUGUUGUGAGGGUAAGAUGAGAGGGUGAGGACAUGGAUAUCUAAAGCUCCAGCCUGGUUUGCACAUCUAAACAGCCUUGUCCCUUCCCCAAACAACAAACCUGUCUGGUGCAGAACCUCCUGUAACGUGGGAAAGUAUUGAUUUUAAAACUGUGGUUGAUGUAAACGUACAGAAUGACGUACUGUCUAACUUCUUUCUGGGAGAGCUUUUAGGGUCGGUUUUAUUUCUGGAUACUGCAGCAAAUCUGCCUUUGCUCUCUCUUACAUGUAACAACUGCUUUCACCCAUCUGGGUGUUUUGCUCUAAUAUAAUAUUGCUAAUAGCAGUGUGACAUAACAGUGACGUCUGCAGCUAUGCUUAGGUUAAAGCCUCUUUUUUCCCUGAGGUGAACUGUGUGUCUGAGAUGGUCUAGUUUAGCACCUGGCAGUCUGAGUAUUAAUAGAAGUGUUUUUUUGAGGGCGGUAAAUCAUAGAAGAAGUGGUUCGAACUGAGCUGGAGUUGUUUUCAGACGAGGAAAGGUAGAGAAUCAGGUCCUUUGGGGGGCCUCAGUGUCUCCACAGCUCUGUGCAUCUCCUGACACUGAUCAAGGAAGUCUCCGUGUUUGCAGAGUGUGAUACAGCAGCAAAAAACCCACAGAGACUCAUCUGCUUAGUGACUCACCCCCUAGAAACACACACACAAACACACACACAUACUCAGCUCCCCCCCAAUUAUAACAUUCCCAUGAAUUAUUAAGCAUUCACUGCUGCGUUGACCCCAGCGCUGACCACCUGUGAACCACAUAACAAAGCAGCAGCAGGUGACUAGAAAGACACGGCCAAUUAUUCCUUCCUGUAGAAGUGUUUAAAGUUAUAUUGGAAGCUAUGAAGGUGCACAAGGUGGGUUUGGCUUGAAGCAGAGAGAGAUAGAGCGUCAAAGACAGGAGGGAUCAUCAGUAAAGAGGAAAAUAAACAAGAGUGCAGCUUCAGAGUUCAUCUUAGUGCUGUUUGUCUUUACUUAUUUAGUUUUUCCUGCUUUUAUUGCUGCCGUCUGAGUUUAUAAAUGCUUUUUUUUCAUAAGCAGCAGCACAAAAAAUCUGAAGUGACCUCUUCUAAAACAUCAAGGUCAUGGCUGAGUAUUCAUGUUCAUCCAAUUAUUUUUAAGUACAGACUGAACUGCCAAAAACUCACAAUGACCAUGAGCUUGCAACAGCUCAAAGCAAAAGUUUCUGAUUUGGGGAAACUUGCUCAAUAGCUUCUUAUCAAGAGGAGACUUGAUAACAGGGCCGACACACAGGAGUUAAGUUUCAAUAAUGUGAACAUUUGGCUUGGCUUUACAUAAACAGUGGGGAACAGCUGCCUGGCUUUGUCCGGAUGUAAUGAAAGGUGUCUUCCAGCACCUCUCAGCCUCUCAGAAGGUCACUGCUCUCGUUUUCUACAGGUGCUGUUCUUACUUAGUGUGUGAGAAGGCUAGACUUCUCUGUUACCAUGAAUGUGUAACAGCAGCCACCGGUAACCUCUGUUGCUGUUUUUAUUCAUCAUAGGACAAGGACAAAAAAAGUACUCUGGCUGGAGGAAAGUUGAAUCAGUCAGAGUCUUUAAAUGUAUAAAACUGUAAAUUUUCCCCUCAUGUGAAACAGGUGUGUACAAAAUGCCAGGCAUUACCAAAUUGGGUUAGUUUAGACAAGGGCUGCACCGAUCCAAUAUUUGGAUUGGACAUCAGCUCUGAUAUUGACAAAUUAACUGGAUCAAAUAUCCGAUGAGUGACGCUGAUCCAGCGUUCCGAUCCAGUCUUUUAUUUUUUUCUUCUUCUAAGUAAUUUUUCUUUGAUACAUGAAAGUCUUACUUCUUUUGCUGUGUGCUGAUGUGCAAUUUGUUAUAUGUUAAUAAAUAACAUCAAUUAAAUUUAUAUCUGAGUUAAUUUGUUACUAUUUUUUAACAAGGCUAAUGUCAAGCCUGAUGUAUCGGAUAUCGGCCGAUACGCUCAGCCCAGGUAUCGGUAUCAGACUGGAUCUGAGAAAACAGAUUUCUAUUUUAGACUUACAGCUGUUAAAUAACGUGUAUUUCUCCUCUCUCUGUUCAGGUUGUUACUCAGUCAGCCACCCUGACAUGGUUUGUCUGUGUUUGAUUCCCUUUUUUUGUGCUUGUCUCGCUCCUAGGAGCUGGAGAAUCUGAGGAAGCAGGCGGAGAUAAUCCCUCAGCUCAUGGCAGAGUGCGAGAGCAUCACCACUAAAAUGCAGGUAAGUACGCAGUACCCAGAAAUCCCUCAAACCCCUCAUUUGUCUCAGGUGUGAAUCACAGCUGAGCACAAAAGGCACGACAGAGAGCUGUAAGGCUUGGAGCCCACGUGAGAACAGGAUGGCUGUGGCAGCGAGGUAACACACUUAACACACCGAAUGCUUUGAGGCAUAAGCAAUGCUCUCAGACGUAGAUAUAAAAAAAUAAGAUUUCCCAUUCAGCAUUCUGCCUGAGGGCUGGUGACACAACAUUCCUAUCACGUGUCUCUUGAAUUCACGUUGUGGCUAUUAAAUCUAUUAAUAAAGGUCCAUCCCCAUACAACACACGGCGGAUUAUCACCCCUUUGAAAAGGUUUCCUCUUCCUUGUCUGAGAAGCAGAUACCACAUCUCUGCCACGGCUUAUUAGUUUCCUAGCAGCACAGAUUUGAUCUGUUAGCUAACAGAAAAAUCCACCAGGAUCAGCUGCUGGUGCUGUGAGCUUUAAUGACUGUUUCAUAACAUUUUCUGUAGGUGUGUUGAUCGUGUCUGCGAGGUGAAGUUAGGUGUGUUUCCAGAAACCCCGGAACAAAAGAGAUUCACACCCAUCAGUCUGUCGGCUAACAAGGAGCACCUGUUCUUCCAGGCAUUAUUGAGAAAUACUCUCUGUGAAACUAGAAGUGCCAGGCUCUGUGACUGACUUUACACCCCGCGAGUGCCAAGUCUGACAUGAGCUGCACUGAUAGUGACGCUCAUGUCGGCCUGUUCAGACUGACUCAGAGCAGGAUUCUAUCAUCCAAGCUGUCAUGCAUGUGCUGCCUUUCAGAACAGAGCAGAGAGGAUAAUAAAACCAACAGCGGCAUGCCUGAAGUUCUUCUGCUUCACGAAAUAAUACUGCUGGGUUUGUUUCUGCAACAGCCAGCUGGAUGAACGACACUAAAGCAGAAGUUUAUUUAACCGGCUAAAAAAACUUGGCAGACGCACGGAGGGUUGGAUAUCUCAGAUUCCUCCCUCUGAUACCUCUACCAAGUCAAAACCCCAGGCCGCCGAAUGCAUUCAGAUAAGAGUUAGCUCUUAAAAAUAGCUUCUCUGCAGCACUUUGCCCCUUCUGUGGCACUCUGGAGAAGAGUCUGUCUACCCUUCCCGUGUUUUGGGUCUUUGCUCCCCUCUAUUUAAAGACAGCACCCACGUGGUGAUCAGGUUUCAGGAGUCAGCUGCAGGAUACAGUCAUGCAGACGCAACACUCAUUUAGCACUCCUAUUUUAAACCCCUCCCUUCAGUGGUAUCUUCACCGUUAAUGUGUCACCCAUGUCGCCUACUUGUCUGAAACACUCAUGCUGCCCUCCCUUCCUCACACACAAAUUUCUUUUCUUCUAUGUCAAGCUCAUGUUUUAAAACCUGAUUGUGCAAAAAGAGGUUUUUUUUUUGUCUCAUCAUUUUGCUAAAAUACUGAAAAAUCUACAAAAGUGCUUUUAUCUUAUUUUUGUCAGAAGCUGUAAGAAGCUCCGUCUCUUGUUUGGCAUCUCUGCGACAGAAAAAAAAGACAAAAACAAAAGAUAAACCAGUGAUGCUACAUCAAAAGCUCAGACGUCCCUCUGAAGAAAUCCUUUUUCUUUGUUUCAGCCAAUUGCUCAUAUGUAUUUGAUGAAAUUAGUUUGUACUGUUUGUUCACAGGCUGCGGAGACGAAGAACGGCGAGCUGGAGGGGCGGAUAGGCGGUCUGCAGUUGGACAUCAACGACAGCCAGCAGAAGCAGACCCAGAUGAAGGGCGAGCUGAAGAAGUUCAUGGAUAUCCUGGAUGGAAAGAUAGAUGAGCUGCAUGAGUUCAGGCAGGGGCUCUCCAAGCUGGGUGUUGAUAACUGAGAAAAGUGGCACUGAGUUGAAAGGGUCAGAGGUCAGGUGCGAAGGAUUCACUGCAGUUUGUCUUCAGGGCUGAAAACUAUGUGGCACCUAUUCCCCCAGGUGAUGCCCACUCAGAAACUAUCAGCUUUGGCUUCUAAUAAACACUACCAUGUGAGGAAGAGGGUAUUUGGAGAGGGAGAGGGAGAUACUGGCAGGAGAAAGGCCAGCGUGCUCCAGCAAAUGGCUCCAUUUUUGUGUGCUGGCAUUCUGAAACUAAUCAAGAGUCACACUUUGAGCUUACUUACCCGUUUCUGUGGGGGGAGACGGCUUUAAAAAGCUGGUGGUGGGUUCUUAGAUUCUGUCUCUCCAUCUGUCUUUUUUUCUAAAGGCUGCGGCUCUUCUUUACAGACGGUCUGAUUUUAGAGUAGGAGAGGGGACUGAAAAGGGCUCAAAUAAAUAACACUCAAAGACAAUGCUGUUCAGCAUCACUCCAGUAAUAAUUGGUGUUAAACCUUGUGGCCCCCUCAGAGAAUCUGCAAUCUUUCUACUGACUGUCCUUGCUGAUGCCUCCCGUCUAUCUCAGGUGUGUUAGGUGACAGUUUGAACCAAUAUAGGAUUAUAUGCACAUACAUGACAACCGGCCAUGACACAAAGUGCCUCCAGGUGAGUCUAAACCCACCUGGCAAGGAGAACUGGCCAAGUGAUGACCAUCACCACAAUAAUAACUUGAUUUUUGUGAAAAAAAAAAAAAAAAUACUCGCUAAUAAAAUGAGGUGCAGGCAAGCCCAUCCAUCCUGAGGAUGCUAAUGUGAUUCAUGGAUGUCAAACAGGUGUUUGCACUAAAACUGCUUGUUGAAGGACUGUCCCCUGUGGGUGUUUCCCGUAAGAACACCUUUUUUUAUGUUUGCAUAAAGACGGACGACUCCCUCGUUUCAGGAGCUUUCCGUCACAAACAUCCAAAUCUAAAGAUAGGAAACGAUUUUGCCAUGAGUGUAGUGUAGUGUUCAAAGGACUUUGUGUAUGCAGUAGUUUUGUCCGUUUGUAGAACAAAGAUGUGUCUCCAAGGCUGUGCUUCCUUACACACCGGUUUUUGUUAUGGUGGUGGUUCUUUUGGGGUGAGGGGACUUGGUGCUGCUAGGUGGGUAAACAAUGUGAAAGUGUACUUCACUGAAAAGACGGCAUGGGCCUUUUCACUACAACCCUGUCAGAUUCUUGGUUUUUGUUUAACAUAUUUAUUUAUUUUGGUGCCUCUAGUGUUUCUCGAACAAACCAAGUAAAUCAACCUUUACCUAAUGUCUCUAUAGUGUCUUUCUAGGUGUACAACGAUAUAUAAGAAAACCAAACUGUCAGGAGUCGGAGGCUGUGUUUGCAGGGUGGUGUCAGAGCUGCUUUGGGUGAUCCAUCUUUAAUCACGGUACAUUUGAAAUCAAAGGCAUAUGUUGUAAUGGCAUAUAUUUACCGAGUUAUACUGUAGUGUUAUAAGUAUAUUUUUUCAUCUCUGUUUUGGGAUCUGAUCUUGUUGACAUUAAGAUAUCUAUGACCAGACUUUUUGCUUCUCUCUAAUUCGCCCUCCUGAACAACACGACGUUUGCUCCUUCCUUUUGAACCAAUGCCUCUUGUGCACUUUUGUGACUCCUGUUCAAUAUUGUACAAUAGAACUGACAAUUGUUAAAAUUUAGUUUAAUUAUAAUGCUGAGUUAAGUGUCUUCUUUUUUACUUCAAUUAGGGGGGUGGGAACAUUUUUACAAAGUGCUUAAAGAGGGGAGGGGAGGUCUGUUAAUCUCUAUACCUAGAGCUGAAGCUCACAAAUCUGCUGACGUUGGAAAUGUCUAAAAGCAUUUUAUCUCCUGUAUGUGAAGCUCACAGAAGGAGGUGGAAUGAACCUCCAGUGCCAAAGCUGCAUCCUGUUGAAGCUCCUGCACAAAAGCUCCGCCACCGCACGUCUUUUUCUCUAAUGUUGAUUUACAUAACACUAAAUAUAGCUGUAAUCCUAACAGAGACACACACGGGAAGAGCAAAAGAAGUGGGACUUAAUCACAGCCAGUGACAUGUAUCAGUUUCUCCCAGGUCAGAACAAAUAAAGACAGAUAUGAGCUUGUUUGUGGGAUGAAAAACACUUUGAGUCCAACGUCCUCACAGCACCGAGGAAAUAACUGCAGGGGUGGAUCAGACAACAUGUUGCCAGGCAACUUAAUCCCACUCACUUCUUUUAUUUUUUUGGAUAAUAUAUCUGUGUGUGAUUGACAAUUAGAAGUAAUGAUUUAGUGCAACCUCCUAACAAUUAUCUAUUACACGAGAGAGAGUCAGUCAUAUCAGGGGAAGACACUCUUAGAUGUUGUUUUUCCUGAGGGACUUAAAUCAUCUUUAUCACUUUCAGAGAUCAGCUGUUUGGCACAGGCACGCAGAAAAACUAAUCAACAUGCAAAAUGAGCAUCAAUUUAGAGGUGAAACUAUCUGUUAAAUGAGCAAUUACUGAGCUGGACUGCAGGAAAGUAUAAUUUUUAUCAUUUAUUGAAUUUAUUUUCAUUUUUAUCACUAAAAUGAAAAUACUAAUUAUGGGAAAAUCCCUUGUGAACCAAAUGUAGAGUUUUGAAGUGGUUUCUUUUUUCUCCGCUGACAGUCCAACAUCCUGUUUAACCUUGCAUGAUAGUGAAGCAGCGCAUUUUCAAAACAAAGACGGCAAAACUCAAACAUUCAGUGUGAAGUGCUGCUCCAAAUACCUGCUGUUAAGUCGAGCUACUUGUAAAAUUAGUUGCUUUUGUUUCUCCAUUUCAUCUGACUUAUUGAAAUCUCAAAAAAACAAAAAAACCUUGAAUGAUUUUACUUCUUCUGACUUCUUAUCAGCCCCCUAAAAAGAACUAAUUGAAUUAAAAAUGAGUGAAACAUUUAUCAAUAACAGGAAAGAUGACUUUUUUUUCAUGCGCUAUCAAUCAAACUCAAACAGGUGCGUCCCCCGGCGUAUCUCUCUGUCUCUUUAAGUCUCAGUGCUGCUCAUUGUGUGGCUGCUGAUGAGUGGGCGAGUUGGUGAAACAUCAUUAGGAGACUGUGCUGCUCUCUACAUGUGUCUGAGAGAGAAAGGAGAGAGAGAGAGAAAGAGAGAGAGACAUGGUACUGCAGGCCACUACCGUUUAGACUUCCUGUUGCCAUAGUAACAUGCUGCGGUAUUACAUGUUGACACUCGACCUGUGGGUUCGCUGCAUGUGUGUCUCCCCGAAGGUCCGUGACCCUGUCUUCCACCUGAUUUACCUGGAUGAUGCUGAUAGAUGACACACACGCGAACACAAACACAGAGGGAGGCCGAGCAAACAUCAUGACUGUGAAGAGAGGCCUAACUACCUCUGAUGGAGGCUGAUCUCUGAGUACACAGAGCUGAAUAAACCCAAUCACAGCUGGACGGGGACAUCUGAUCUGUCACUGCAGGAGGGAGAUGUGUGAGAGCGGCAGUUGUUACAAUGACUCAUCCCCAUGUGGGCUUCAGAUCCGCGCACACACAUCUUUACGUCGGGGUUCGCUGGCACAGAGUUGAUCAGGGGUUUCAUGUCAGCUGUGAUGAUCGGGGAGCUGCACAAAUGAAUUAAAGACGAACCACACGCUGC